CGCAAAUUCGUGACGUCGUCUAGUCCGAUAGGUAGCCCGAGGUGAACGGCAAAGUUUUGCAGCGUGUGAGCUUUUAUAUGGCGAGUGAUAGAUGAUGACGCCCGUAGCUAAGCCAAACUAGGACAAGCGAAAGCGAUGACGGAGGAACCCGGUAACUGCGGUUCGAGGGCAAUCCGCUCCAUCCCACUCUCACACCGACAAAACCUCUCGCCGAUCCUCUCGCCGCUCCACCCCCGCAUCGCAUCACGAACAACACCAUGGCCACACCACGCCUGCUCUCGCGGCUUCUUUUCCCCGUCCCGUCCGUCCGCACGGCGGCAUUCACACGAACGACGCCGCAGCUCAGAGCCACAGCGCAACGCCGCUUCGCCAGCAACCCCGCCGACCAGCCCGGCUUCCAGUCGAUCCUUGACCAGCCACCGGUUCUCGUGCGCACAGGCCGGAAGCGCCAUGGGCCCGGCCUGCUAAUUCUCAUCGCGAUCCCGGUCACGGCCUUCGUCCUGGGAACCUGGCAGGUGAAGCGGCUGGAAUGGAAGACGGCGCUGAUGGCGCGGCUCGAGGACCGGAUCGUGAAGGCGCCGCUCGCGCUGCCGCCGCGGAUCGAUCCCGCCGCGAUCGAGGACUUCGACUACCGGCGGGUGCUGGCCACGGGGCGGUUCCGGCACGACCAGGAGAUGCUCGUGGGCCCGCGCAUCCACGACGGCGAGAACGGCUACCAGGUUGUCACGCCGCUGGAGCGGCCUGGCGGCACAAAGAUCCUGGUCAACCGCGGCUGGAUCGCGAAGUCGAAGAAGAACCAUAAGGACCGCGACCGCGACACGCUGCCGACCGGAGAGGUCACCGUCGAAGGUUUGCUGCGCGCGCCGUGGAAGAAGAAUAUGUUUACGCCCGACAACAGGCCCGACAUCGAGGAGUUCUAUUUCCCCGACAUCGAGCAGAUGGCGCGGUUAGUGGGUGCCCAGCCGGUGUGGGUUGAGGAGACUACGGUGCCUGAUUUCAUUGACGAGUUGAAUGCCAAAGCCGCAGGAAAGCCGAUUGGCAGGGCCGCCGAGGUGAACAUACGCAACAACCAUCUCCAAUACAUUAUCACAUGGUACGGUCUUUCAUUUGCCACAUCUAUAAUGCUGUACAUCCUCGUCCGAAAGCCCGUCGGUGGAACUAUGCGAAGAGUCCGACAGAGCAAGGACUGGGUGUAGUUGCAUCCCCUCCGUCGCUCACUUACUUCUCCUCGAACCUAUCGUACACAACGAGAAAAAAAAGAGAUGGUAUUAUGUCUUGCGUGUUUGCUUGCCACGACCCUUGGGCGGCACUGGCAUGCGAAUGUGCUGGGCUAGCUCGCGGGGUAGAUGUUUCUGUGCUAGCGAAAAGAGAGUUGUGUGCGGAUUGAUGCGGCGUUGUCUGUUGCAGUGUUAGAGGAAUACGUCACGAAUCCUGUACGAUAACAAGAAGAAAAGAAAAAACAUGCCUUUUGAACAUCAUCAAAGCAUC